AUGUUCCUCCCCCCGCCCGAGCAGGAAGCGACCGGAAGAGGCGAAAUCCCCGGGGGGGAGGUGACGUCAUUCGGAUUGGAUCCCCCCAUCCCAUCCCGUGUCCGGGCCGGGCUCCCCCCGCCCCCGGGGCCGUUGGUUCCUUCCCGGCCGGUCCCCGCCUCCGGUCCCUGCCUCCGGUCCCCACCUCCGGUCCCCGCCUCCGGUCCCUUUAAGAGGCGGCUCCGCCGCUCGGUCCCCGCUGCGAUGCCGCCGAUCUCCGACCCCGAGUCCCUGCCGCUGCCUCCCGGCCACGAUCGCGAUUGGGACCGGAGCCGGGACCGGGACCUGGACCUGGAGCGGAGCCGGGACCGGAGCCGCCGCCGCCGCCGCCGCCGCCGCCGCCUCUUCCCGGUUCUCACCGCGCUCGGAGCCGCCGCUCUCGGAGCCGCCGCAGCGGCCGCCGCGCUCCUGGGGAUGCUCCAUUGCGGGAUGCUCCAGAGGGGGACCCCGCCGCAGGCUGCCACAGCUGCCCACAUGCUGCUGAGUGCUGGCUCCCUAUCGCCUCCAUCCUCCCCUCUCUGGCGCUACGAGCACGGCAUCGGCGGCGUCUUCCUCAGCGGCGACGUCCAGGCCACGGCCGGGGUCCUGCGGGUGGCGACGGCCGGGCUCUACCUGCUCUAUGGGCAGCUCGCCCUCACCUGCACUGCCCCCUCCUGUCCAUCGGGCACCGUCACCCUGCAGCUCCGCCGCUCGGGGGCCCCGAGGCCGCUGCUGGCCGUGCCCCUGGCGCUGAGCGAUGGCCACGGCCCCGUGCGCUCGGCUCUGGUCCAGGCCGUGCGGCGGCUCCGCGCCGGGGAGCGGCUGAGCCUGGCGCUGGUCGGGGCCGUGGGGUGGGAUGGGGCCGGGUGGCAGCUGGCACAGGAGGAGAGGGAGGGGAACUUUGUGGGGCUGCUGCGCAUCGCGGGGGAUGGGGGCAGCGGAGGGGCUGGGGGUGCAGGAAGGGGGGGGGUGGAGGGGGACAUGGGUUGA